AUGUAUUCAAAUCAAUCGCCACCUAUUUACACAACUCGACAUUAUGUUCUCGAUUCUCCAUCAAAUCCAAGAGAUAAUUAUGCUUCACCCUAUGACCAAUCGCGCCCGUCUGCUCAACCUUACCCUUAUUACACAAAUAAUCAACAAGCACCAUCCACCGUAACAUAUAUAAAUGAUAAACCUAACUAUGGGCAACAAACAGCAUCCUAUGUUCCACCGAAUUCAAAUCGUUAUCCACCAACAAACAACUAUCCACCAGUCAAUAGUUAUCCACCAAUGAACAAUUAUCCACCAGGAAAUAACUAUCCACCAGUAAAUAACUAUCCACCAGUAAAUAACUAUCCACCAGUAAAUAAUUAUCAGCCAACGAACAGCUAUUCACCAGAAAAUAGUUAUCCUCCCACCAACAACUAUCCACCAGCAAAUAACUAUAAUCGAAAUAGCGGCAUGCGUCCGACUGGAGGUGGUGGUUCUAUUGAAAAAACAAAUGUUAUGUCGAAUGAGAAUCCAUUUAAUGGUCCAACUCGUCCCUACGAACAGAGCAAUUCACCACGUAGAAUAACAUCGAUGGCAGCUCCACCAAAAAAUGAUCCUGGGUCAAAUAAAACAUUGAAUCUUUCUGAUGAAAGUCCAUUUUUUUCAACAUAUGGACGUUAUCAUUACCCAUCACAGAUUGAUCCAUCAAAAAGAAUUACAACUCAACAAGUAGCAGUGCGUUCCACAGAUAAUAAAUCAUUAAAUUUAUCCGAUGAAAGUCCAUUUUUUUCAACAUACGGACGUUAUCAUUACCCAUCACAAAUUGAUCCAUCAAAAAGAAUUACAGAAAUGCCAAAAUCUUCUGGUUCAUUAAUGCAAACUAAUGAAAUGUCCGAGCAGAAUCCAUUUAGUAAUUAUCGGCCACCACCAGCAUAUCAAAACUAUGGAAAUAGUAAUGCCGAAUCCAAUUCAUAUCCACCAUCGAAUGUUGACUGGAAUAGAAAUAAUAACAAUCCAGCUCCACUAUCAUAUCGACCUAUCGAAGUACAAAAUCCAAUUCAAAAUUCUUAUAAUCAACGUCAACCAUCACCUGCCCGAUCAAUAAAGCCGCCCUCACCACCACCACAACCAGUUUCAAUGCGACGAACAGCUGAAAAACCAAAUUCUUCUGCUCCUUUAGAUAAAACAUCAUUAAAUAUGAGUCCCGAUAAUCCAUUUGCACAAACCUAUGGCCAUUAUAAUUAUCCAUCUCCAGAAGAAGUCAAAGCUCAAAAACGAAUGCAACAACAGAAUAGUCGUUUUCAAGAUCAAGAACCCGUUAAUACUAAUACGAAUAAUGAUUUUAAUAAUCGACCAGUAAAACCGGUACAAUCAGCAAAUCGAAUGACUGAAUAUCCUGAAGCGGAAAAUAAAGAUGUUACAGCAGGAAAAGGAAAUACGAAAUUUACUCGUUUUGACGUUAAUUUUUAA